UUUUCACUGCUCAGCCAUGGAACGGCCAAGAUACUUGGGUGAGACCUUGUCUAGCAGUAUUACGACGGCCUUUCUUUCUCCAUCCUUGGAUGGUCAUUCACCUCUCACUCCACGGAUCGGUCGAACUCCGAACAAUUCUCGUAACCACGACUUGUCCUCGACCUACCGCAGUCCUUCUCCUUUUACCACCGAAGACGACGAUGUCUGUCCGAUCAUCCCUCGCGGGAUCACUUUCUCCCUGCGGGAAGUCACGUCCUUCUCGCAGCAAGGCCAGCCUAGGAAGGAUAGACAUUCAAGACCGCCCAACCUCAAGCCAGAGUCGCUGCACUUGUCUUCGCUAUGUCGUGGACAACAUGGUGACCAUUUUCUGCCACGAAGUGCACUGUCCAUCACACCGAGCUUGAUAGACCAUCCCACGAAACACAGACCCAGUGAUGAAGGACACUAUCUCACAACUUUUUCCGCCAUAAACCUCAUCUUGGGGAAGACCGUCGGUGUCGGUGUCUACUCGGUGCCAUCCUCGAUUUUUUCCCAAGUAGGGUCCGUUGGGAUGACUCUUCUUGUCUGGGUCGCCGGCGCCAUCAUCUCCUUCUGUGGACUAUCCGUCUAUCUGGACCUAGGUACUGCUCUCCCUCGAUCCGGUGGGGAACGAGUUUAUCUCGAACGGAUCUUCUCUCGACCUCGAAUGCUCGCCACGUGCAUGUUCAUGUCGUACGUUGUCCUCUUGGGCUUCAGCACUCCGAACUGCAUCAUUCUCGGCAACUACGCUGUCUCGGCUCUGGGCAUACAACCCGCCGUCUGGAACGUUCGUGGUGUAGCAGUGGCCGUGAUCUCAAUGGCCUGUGUCAUCCACGCACGGGCACCGGCAGCAGGUCUUAGAAUAAUCAACGUCCUAGGCGUCGGGAAGAUGUUGAUCCUAGCCGCAGUCAUCCUCAGUGGCCUCGCCAGCGUCGGUCGGAUCUUCUCUCCCUCCUCGGCCGUGGGCGACGGCAGUGGUCCGUCGAUCGCCGAACAAAACUUCACCUCGAUCUGGGCGGGCUCCAGCUCCAAGCCGUACAACUACGCCACCGCGCUGUUGCAAGUCCUCUACUGCUUCCGCGGCUACAACACGGCCAACCAAGUCAUUUCCGAAGUCCGCAACCCCAUCUCGACGAUCAGGGUCGCCGCACCGGUCGCCCUGACCCUGGCCUCGAUAGGCUACGUGCUCGCCAACGUCGCGUACUUUUGCGCCGUGGAAAAGGACGACUUCCGCACCUCCGGCGUCGUCGUCGCCAGCCACUUCCUGCGCAACAUCUUUGGCCCCCUGUGGGGUGAGAGGAUCCUACCCUGUUUCAUCAUCGUCUCGGCAUUUGGAAACAUCGCCGCCACCUCCUUCGCUCAAGCCCGAGUGAACCAGGAGCUCGGCGCGCAGGAACUCCUCCCAAUGUCCGGCUUCUGGCGCAGCAAGAACGCCAACGGCGCCCCCGGUGCGGGCUUGUUCUUGCACUGGCUCGUCAGCGUUCUUGUGAUCGUCCUGCCCCCGCCGGGCGAGAUGUAUACCUUUCUCGUCGAGAUAGGAGGAUACCCCGUGUCUGUCUUGUCCGUCGCCAUCUCCGGGGGCCUGUUGUACCUCCAAUCGUCCACCGCGGAACGUUGGACGAGCCCGUGUCCCGCUCGACGCUUCCCCACCGUCAUGUUCCUCGCCAGUAACCUGUUGCUGCUCAUCUUCCCGUGGAUCGACCCAGGCCAAGGGAAGAGUGAGGGGCCAGAAGGAGCCAAUCAAAAAUUCGCCUACUACGCGUACCCGGCCACUUCGCUGGCCAUCCUCGCCCUGGGUGCCUUGUACUGGGCGUUUUGGCGCCUGACGCGGCGGCCAGGGACGAAAUCCGUGAGCACGCCUCUCCUGCAGGACUGGGUCUCUAGUGGUCGAACUUCGGAGGCGUCCGAGGAUGGUAGUACUGGUUCUCUUGCCGCCACCAGCGACGGCAAUGGCGGUGGCGGGAGUAUCAUUGGGGCGUCUUGAUCUCCAAUGGUGAUACUACGUACGGGGUACACGAAGGGGGCCAUCGGUAAGAAGUUGUACAGGGGUGACGCUAUAUCUACCAAGGUAUUUUCUCGUUCGCAGCAACACAUAUCCACCCUCACAGUAGAUGCCUACUUGGUAUAAUGGAAAUCGUAACAUGUCACGAUAGAAAGAAAAAAAAGGUUCAAGAAUAGUUUCAUUCAAUCAUGAUAUGCUUCACGAGUUCG